AUGUGCCGCCGCUCCCGCCUCCUGGCGCCACGCGGCCGCGCGCAACGUAUCCUCGACAUCGGCGCCCGGGAUGGCGACCCGGUGCGCCUCGUAGAACAGGAAGGUGACGACGAGCACUCCAACUACGUUUGUCUCAGCCACCGCUGGGGCCGCGCUCCCGUCUUGCAGACCUUGUCGUCCAAUGUGAGCCAGCACCACCAAGAGGUCCCUUGGGUGGCGUUGCCUCGAACAUAUCGCGAGACCAUACUAUUCGUGAGGAGAUUGGGAGUCAGGUACCUGUGGAUUGACAGCCUCUGCAUCGUUCAAGAUGACGCGGAAGACUGGAGGCGGGAGUCAAGCAAGAUGGGCACGAUAUUCAGUCAGGCACUUUUGGUCGUUUCCGCCUCCAGCUCCGUCGACGUCGACGACGGCCUCUUCGCCGAGUGUGGCUCGUCAUUUGCAACGCACUAUUUAGAACAUUCGCUUGCCGACGGUAAUGUUGAGACGAUCUGCUUCCGGCGAUCCCUCGCCCACAUUUCAGGAUACAUGGACCAGAGACUGGGGAUGACGCCCGAUCUUCCAACGCUCACCCGUGGGUGGAUCUUCCAAGAGCGUUUCUUGUCACCACGCGUUCUGCACUUCGGGCCACAAGAACUCUUCUGGGAGUGUCUCGAAGACAGCCUCUGCCAGUGCACGUGCCAAGGCCCUUCCGACCGGACUUCAGCUCCUCCCGACAACGUCGCGCUAGAUCAUGUCUCGCAGCCAAAGACCUAUUUCAGUCGCCACUACUGGACAACGCUCAGCGACUCGGAGCUGGAGCUAUGUUGGCAUCGGCUGGUCGAGGAGUAUACCAAGCUGGACCUUACUUUGGACAAGGACAUCCUUCCGGCCAUUUCAGGAUUGGCGAAGCAAUUCCAGAGUGUCGUCAACUCAGAGUACUUGGCUGGCCUCUGGAAGAGGACGCUCGUUGCUGACCUGCUGUGGCACGUAGACGGCUUCAAUGCGGACCGCGACGAUGGUGUCCAGAGACAGCGCCCCGCUCGAUGGCGAGCUCCAUCAUGGUCUUGGGCGGCCGUCAAGGGCCCCGUCAAAUACCCCGAUGCGGCUGCCGGCAUAAUCUCUCUUUGCGAGGUGUUGGACGCCAAUUGCUCGAGCGCAGGGACCGAUGCGACUGGGGAGCUGCUAGACGGCUAUCUUACGCUGCGUGGGAGGCUAGCAGCGGCGUCAGUCCAGCAUGAGGACGGCGAUGAUACCGCGGCUAAGCCAUGGCAACUUCUUCGGCUUGAGUUCCUCAGAUCCACCGUCAACACCACCUGGGCAGACUAUGACAUUCGAUCGGGGCAAGAUAUCAUAUCUUCUGGCUCCGAGGUCUUUUGCUUGGCGCUGGGCGAGUCGCCUGUUUCUGGUGCGAUGUACUUGCUGGUGCUUACCACCGCGAGUUUUGUUGGAACAGGAGACUCGACCACGUUGAAGCGAAUUGGGAUCGUACAGCUGUCGAGGCCGCCGAUACAGUCUGGCGCCAGCGCUGAGGCCUGGCUGCAACGCCUGGGGUUCCCACAAGCAGCCACAACCAUCAAGAUAGUGUGA